AUGGUUGAAACAAUAAGUGUCGCAAGUACUCGCAAUGCAGCGGACGGAUCACUUAAUGGAAAAAUAUCAAAAGAAGCUGGAAACAAUGCGCGAGUGGUCUUCUCAAAGAUGGAUUACAAGGAAAUGUUCAACGAGUUUAAGAAAGCCCAACUCGAGACGAAAGUUGAGAGAGAUCGUCAACUAUCACAAACAUCUCUUUAUCCACGACCAAGCCUCAUCCCACAGCGCUCAUUCAAGGAUCUUGAGAGAUGCCCUGUUCAUAAUCAAAGUACAAAGCAAACACACUGGAAAACGAAAAGUUUGCUCACUUUGAAAUGGCUGGGAAUCAUCUCGUUUGUUGUGUGUCCUCCAAUUCCAAAAAUUUUCUUAAGAAAGAUCCUCUUUACUCCGCCACCAAAAUUUCUUUAUUACUAUUUCGUUUCAACAGAGCAAAAUGGCAAACGCGUGGCUCAUAUGACAGCUUCAUCAGCUCACAAGGCCAGUCGUCCACUCACAAUGUGUCUUCCUUAUGCAACAACUCCUCAUCUCCGUUGCAUGGAUGUGUUGUUACAAAUUCGGCGAAUACAAGUGGAUACGGUAGAGACAAGUUGUGGGAAUCAUCUAGCUGUGGUGUAUGUGAUGUGCGAAAAGCUUACGAUGAGGAUGAAGCCUCUUGGAAUUGCAAAAUCCCCUCAAUUGGUUAUCUUUGCCCAGCCGAAUAGCACCGAUCUUGGAAUGUGUAUGUUUACCGAUCCGAAUUUGGUUGAUAUAGCUGAUUUCUUGCAAUGCGAUUUACUUGCGUUUGACUAUUCAGGGUAUGGUAUCAGCACAGGAGUCUCGGGUGAGGCGACGAUUUACGCGGAUAUGGAUGCUAUUUGGGGAUAUGCUACGGAAAAACUCGGCUAUGACAAAAAGAACAUCAUUUUACUUGGCUUUUCCAUUGGUACUGCAGCUGUUUCUUUCUUGGCUGCCAAGCAUUCAGAGGUUCGUGCUCUGAUUCUGUUUGCCCCAUUCACCUCAUUUCUUCGUGUCUUGACACGCAAUCCUGACAAAGAAACUACUUGUAAACACGACAAAUUUUGCACGUUUGAUCGAGCUGAGAAAAUUCUAUGCAAAACUUUGAUCUGUCACGGUGACAUGGAUGGUAUUAUCAAACCCGAUCACAGCCUUGUAUUGAGUAGACGAAUUGCGAAUGCGACCGAACCGGUGAUCGUCAAUGCAAGUCAUCAGACAAUCUUUUGCGAUCGUUUCACUUGGGAUGUAGUGCGGAUGUUUGUACUCGAACGAUGUGAGAUCACUGAUGAAUGGAACAAAGCUAGAAAAAUGGCCUCAGAAACUGAUGAAAGCACCGGCUCGUGGAUUGACUCGGAAGUGAUCGAAAGAGGAAAACAAGAAAGAGAAAUUCGACGA